AGCCUGCUUUGGCAGGGGGGUUGGACUCGAUGAUCUCUAGAGGUCCCUUCCAACCCCUACAAUUCUGUGAUUCUGUGAUGAAGCUGCAGGUCCAGUUCUCUUCCUUUCAAGUUCUUUCUCCCAUUUUUGUCCAAUUCUUUGUCCUUUUAAGUUUCUUAUUCCAAUUUUUUUGUCCAAUUCUUUUCCUUUUUACUUUCUUAAUACAAUUAUUUUCUCUAUUUUUUGUCUAAUCCUUUGUCCGAUUUGUGUACAUUUUGUGUCCAUUUUUUGUCUUUUUGUCCCUGCCCUACAUAAUUACCUCACCUGGUGCCUAUGCCAAUUUUACUGUGGUCAGAAUGCCCUAGUCUCAAGUUUACUCUGUUCGGAAGCUUUCUUUGUGAAAGGCAACUUUUCCUAUGCUACAUACAGAAAUACUGACAAUUUACGCUGCAAAAACACAACCUACCUCUCACACCUGGAAUCUAUUACUCAGGGACGCUGUAGGGGACGCUGCACAGGUUGGCAGUAUUGUGUGGAGCUUGGGGGCAGACGCUUCCUUCUGUUCUGAGCAGAUACGAGGGCCCAGCCCCCUUCCUCUCGUGGGCUGUCUAGGUCUCUGACCUGCAGCUGAGCAGCUGGAUUGGCUCCUCCCACUCGCGGGGACUUAGGAUGAGGCUGUUUGUCUGCGGUGGAAGUAGGCUCACACCUCCCCCUACCUGUCUCCCUCAGAGAUUCCCAAGAGCUCCUCAGGCUGCUGAUUUCUUGCAGCAGCCUGGCCAUCUGCUCCAGCAGCUCCUUGAGCAGGGUACACCGGCAACCAGGUUCUUUUAACUUAACUAGCUCGUAGGUAUGGUGAGAUGUUUCCUUUAUUGCCAUCUAAAUGGAAAUCACAAUGAGACGGGUGGCUUGCUGCUGUUCUUCUCCAGUGCCAGAGAAGUCCACGUAGCCCAGCACUGUGGGAGGCGGUUCCUCCCAACACCGCUUCAAUCCACUUUGCCCAGCCUCCAUUUUGUGCUGGGGCCAGAAGGCCGCACUGCCCCACAGCGCAGAAGGCCACUGCCCCACCCUCCAUGAUGUGCAGGGGGCACAGGGUCUCACUGCCCCAUAGCGUUCAAGGCCACUGCCCCGCCCUCCAUUAUGAGCUGGGCCAGAAGGCCCCACUGUCCAAUAGCACUGAAGGUCACUGCCCCGCCCUCCAUUAUGAGCUGGGCCAGCACACAGCACAGAAGGUGCUGGCGCAGCACCCCCAAGGCAUUCACUGUCUGCACACCCUUGCGACAGGGACGAGAGGCAGUGGGCGCUACGGGGUCAGGGGCAUCUGUCCUUGCAGAUCCCACGAGUGAGAGUGAUUGUUGGUGGCCUUUGGCUACAGCUUUUGGAAGCCGAAGGUCUAUUCAGAUUCCCAUGGCCGUGCUGCGAGGCAUUGCGGGACGGGGACAAGCCAAGUGCAGCCGGCCCUCUCCCCGCCGGGGCCCGGCACAGCCCCCAGCCUGCGCUGCGCAGCAGGAGGAGAACAGCUGGGAGCUGGAGGUGCUGCAGGCCCAGCUGGAGGGCGAGCGGCUCCACUGCCAGGAGCUGCAGCGCCGCUGGGCUGCCGAGAGAUGUGAACUGCAGAAGGCGGCAGAGCGGGAGCGGCAGCUGCUGACCGACCAACUGCGCUGUGCCUGGGAGAAGCAGCAGGCCCAGGAAGAGCAGCAGCUGAAGGAGUGGGAGCAGCGGCAGCGGGCGACGGGGACCCGGCAGCUGCUGCUCUGGAAGGAGGCCGAGCUGCGCGCGACAAAGGAGCUGCUGCAGCGUGAUUGCGAUGCAGCCCUGCGCCAGGCUCGGGAGCUGCAGCAGCAGCUGGCCAAGGUGCUGAGGAACCCCCCCAGCAGCGAGGCGGCCCAUGCCCAGCUGCAGGACGUCCUCAGCAAGCUGCGCUGGGAGACGGAUGGUGAGCAGCCCGCCUGCAUCCGCCACCUCCAGCGUCAGCUGGAGCUGGAGAGGAGGCUCUUCACCUAUUACAUCGUGGGGAGCUGGGCAGACGUGCUCCGUAACGCAAUGUCCUGCUCCCAGGAAAAAGAGGGAGCUCUGCACCGCCACCGUGCAGAGCAGGGCUCCAGUCGACCUUGCCAUGAAGGACGCUCACGUCCAGGUGCCAGAGACAGCCAAGGAAGACCUGGGGCUCCCGGGCAGCCGGCCCUCUCCCCGCCGGGGCCCGGCACAGCCCCCCACCUGCCCUGCGCAGCGGGAGGAGAAGAGGCAGGAGCUGAAGGCACUGCAGGCCCAGCUGGAGGGCGAGCGGCUCCGCUCCCAGGAGCUGCAGCGCCGCUGCGCUGCUGAGAGACGUGAGCGGCAGGAGGCGGCAGAGCGGGAGCGGCAGCUGCUGGCCGACAAACUGCGCUCCAAGUGGGAGCGGGUGCGGGUGUCAAAGCUGCAGCGCCUGCGG